AUGGUUCUGAAACUUGCAAUACUGGUUACUGUUGUCCUGUACACCUGCAGUCUGAGAGCAUUAACUGUUAAUGAAUUUCAAUUAGUAACAUGUCAACAAUUAAAAGCAAUAAAAAACGGUUACAUUGGUUACGAGCUGAAAGAUGGUGCAAUGCGUGGUGUAGGUAGCAUCGCUUACCUGGCAUGUCACGCUUAUCAUGAUCUUCAUGGUAAUAAUGUCACCAAAUGCGGUAUUGAUGGAACAUGGCGACCAAAGCUUGGUGUUUGCCAAUUGAAGCCAGAGUACGAUGAAAACUUUUGUAAACCGUAUGAAUCCGACGGACAACCAUUAUUGAAAUACAAACCAUCACCAAAGAUUAAUCUUGGUACCAUAAUAACCGUUGUAUGUCGACCUGGACAACGUCUUUUUGGUAAUGCAAAAUCUAAAUGCACAGGUGGUAUAUGGAAGCCAACUUUGGGAAAAUGCGUUGAUAAGGAUAAAAUAACAACAAUUGAAUAG